AUGCCGAAGCGCAAACGCACGGGCAACGGCGCAGACCCUGCCCCGGCCGCCGCCCCGGAUGGCCCCAAGCAGCUGCAGAACGACAAACGACACUACAGGCAGCGCGCGCACGCAAACCCCUUCUCGGACCAUGCCCUCAGCUACCCCUCUGCGCCGGCUCAAUUUGACUGGGACACGCACUACCCUGCCUUUGCUGGCUCCGGCAAGACUCCAGAGUUUGCCGACAUCGGGUGCGGCUUUGGCGGUCUCCUCAUUGCCCUCGCGCCGCUGUUCCCGGAGACCCUCAUGCUCGGCAUGGAGAUCCGGGUGCAAGUCUCGCAGUACGUGCACGACCGGAUCGUCGCCCUGCGCUCGACGAACCCUGCCCCGCCCGAGGCCACCACGCCCGGCCCCUACCAAAACGUGUCGAUCGUGCGCGCGAACUCGAUGAAGUUCAUGCCAAACUACUUCCCGAAGCACUCGCUCUCCGCACUCUUCUUCCUCUUCCCGGACCCGCACUUCAAGGCGCGCAAGCACAAGGCGCGCAUCAUCUCGCCGACGCUGCUCGCCGAGUACGCGUACAUCCUGCGCCCGGGCGGGAUCGUGUACACGAUCACGGACGUGCGCGACCUGCACGACUGGAUGCGCACGCAUCUGGAGCAGUUCCCGUUGUUCGAGCCGGUGAGCGAGCAGGAGCUCAGGGACGAGGGCAAGGGCGCGAUCGUAGACGCGGUGUAUACUAGUACAGAGGAGGGCAAGAAGGUGGAGCGGAACAAGGGCGAGAAGUGGCUCGCGUGUUUCCGCCGAAUCGAAGUAACACGAGACUGAAAGCAGUGUGUGUAUGCGUGCGUGAUGUACAGAGGAACAGCGAGAGGUCAUCGGUCUUCCAUCAUCACGUCGGGAUCGACGGACGAAUGUUUUGCGCCGGUGUCCAUCGCGCCGACGAGGGCGACGGUUCGGUCUUUCACCGCCCGUUUCAUUUCCUUGUGGAUCGUCUGCCCGGCCUGGCACGCGAGUUCAAAGAUGUCUCGGAAGCGGUCGACGUGCAGUCGGGUCUCCAUCGUCACCAGCGUGACCUUCUUCGUGCGGGGCAUGACGGCGACGGUCAGGUUCGGCAGGUCGUUCUCUUCGAGCGUGGUGAGGUCGAGGAGCGGCUGGGUGGAGUGUACGCCCCCGGAGACGGCACAGACAAAGUCGAGUAGAGGCACCCCGGCGGUGACGAGUGCGAGGGUGGUUGCGUUGAUGCAGGCCUGGAGGAGCCCGCCAUCUUGUUGAAGCACCUGGACGUAGAUGUCGAUCUGGGAGCGGGGGUAGAGGGAGGUUUGGACGACGGGCUCGAAGGUGGACUCGAUCGAUGCAGCGAGCUCAAGUAUUCGUCUGUGUCUGCGCGCGAGCGUUUUCGGCGGUCUCCUGUGCUGAAAGGCGCGACAUUGAUCUCGACGUUUAGAACGGCGCGGUCGUGGAGUGUUUGUGAGCGCAUCUUGGCCUCGCGAGGGCCGAAGACGGAGACCAUGACCUGUGUGAGGCCAUGGGUGAUGAUGGCAGAGCCGUCUGCGGUGCCCUGCUGAGAGAGGUCGAUGGUGAUGUCGCGCAGCU